GUGGAAACGGGGACUCUGCGCGCAUGCGCCCUCCGCGCGGACUCGGCGGAGCUCCGCCCCGCGCCAGCCGGUCGCUGUGGAGAAGCUGCGGCGCUGAGGAGCCUCCCGCGGCUCCCGCGAACGGCCUGGCGGGGUUCGACAGCCAUUGUUCCUGUUCCAGAAACUGCUUUGCAAGUGCCAGCUCCAUUGCUGAAACACUGUCCUCCACCUGGGUGACAACCCUGAGCCUCUCCAUCUGCCUGUCAGCAUGCCAUUGUUCUUGUCUCUUCGUCUUCUUCAGGGUUUCAUAUGAUGAGGCUUUUAUUAUGGCCAGUGACCCAUUGGAAGGCUUUCAUGAAGUGAACCUAGCUUCUCCCACUACACCGGAUCUUCUUGGAGUGUAUGAGCCAGGGUCUCAGGAACCAACUACCUCACCCAGCGUAAUCUACCGCCCACAUCCUUCUGCUGUGUGCUCUACACCUAUCCAGCCCAAUGCAUUAAAUGUUUCUGACCUUCCCACACAACCUGUUUAUUCAUCUCCAAGGCACCUAAAUUGUGGGGAAACAUCAGGCAUCAACAUCAAUGUUACAGACACGGUUCCUUGUUCUACCUCUGGACCCCAGAGUGGGUCAUCCAAACACAGUAAUUCCAGAAAGGAGAGCAAUAAUGCAGAGAGAGAGUUUUUGCAGGGUGCUACACUAACGGAUGUUUCCGAAGGGAAUGAAGAUAUUUUUGGGCUGAGUACAGACAGUCUAUCUCACUUACGGAGCCCAUCUGUACUGGAAGUAAGAGAGAAAGGCUAUGAGAGAUUGAAAGAAGAACUUGCAAAAGCUCAGAGGGAGCUGAAAUUAAAAGAUGAAGAAUGUGAAAGACUUUCUAAAGUGCGAGAUCAACUUGGACAGGAAUUGGAAGAACUUACAGCUAGUCUGUUUGAGGAAGCACACAAAAUGGUGAGAGAAGCUAAUGUCAAACAAGCUGCUGCAGAAAAACAAUUAAAAGAAGCACAGGGAAAGAUUGAUGUCCUUCAGGCUGAAGUAGCAGCUUUGAAAACAUUAGUACUGUCCACUUCACCAACAUCACCAACUAAGGAGCUUCAGUCUAGUGGAAAAGCUCCAUUUAAAAAAGGACAUGCAAGAAACAAAAGUACAAGUAGUGCUAUGGGUGGCAGUCAUCAAGACCUCACUGCAGUGCAGCCAAUUGUGAAAGACUGCAAAGAGGCUGAUUUAUCUCUGUAUAAUGAAUUCAGAUCCUGGAAGGAUGAGCCGAGUAUGGACAGAACAUGCCCUUUCUUAGAUAAAAUCUAUCAGGAAGAUAUCUUCCCAUGUUUAACCUUCUCAAAAAGUGAGUUGGCUUCAGCUGUUCUGGAGGCUGUUGAAAACAACACCCUGAGCAUUGAACCAGUUGGCCUGCAGCCUGUUCGAUUUGUGAAAGCUUCUGCAGUUGAAUGUGGGGGACCAAAGAAAUGUGCACUCAGUGGACAAAGUAAAUCAUGCAAGCAUAGAAUCAAGUUAGGGGACUCAAGCAGCUAUUACUAUAUUUCUCCUUUUUGCCGAUACAGAAUCACUUCUGUGUGUAACUUUUUUACAUACAUUCGGUAUAUCCAACAGGGACUUGUAAAGCAGCAGGAUGGCUGUUUUCCCCGAACUGCCAACUUCAUUCUUGUCUGGACUGAGUUUUGGACAGCUAGCUCUCCAUCCAAUCUCCUAUCUAGCGGAUCAGAUGUUUUGGGAAGUUAUGCAGCUGAGAAAAGAGAUGUCAUUGGCAAAACUUGGAUAUUACAAGGAAGAGCUCUAAUUCUUUACAGUCUGGCGCAUGCGUGAACUUUGAUAUGGAUAAACUCUAAAAUGGCUGAAAUUUUUUGUCACUUGAUAUUUAUUUCCAACAAGUGGGUCCAAGAUCUUUUCUCCUUUUUGCAAAUUGCACUAAGUACUGUGAUUGUUUUAAACUCUCCUAUGUGUGUAUGCUUAGAUAUGAUACUUCAGUUGAACAAAAUGUGGCAAGUACUAGUUAUUGUAAUUUACAAUUGAAAACAAAACCUCUGAUUAAAUAAAUGUUAGAUUGAA